GCACAUGCAGACAACGCUGUCAGCUGGCCAAAGUGCCAUCUCUUUACCUCCUGUUUUAAAACGCCUAUUUUAAACCUACUUUCCUUCCAAACCUGUGCGAAAUCAACUUUCCAGAUGCCAUGUGGAGAGUGGAUGUUAAACUUCAUUUUGUUCCCAUUUAACAUCUUCAAAAGCCUGUUUCCGUGAACUGGAUGUAAAUCAUCAUGGAACCAGAGGCGAGCAAAAUCUCGGUGUGGGUAUGCCGGGAGGAGAAACUGGUGUCCGGGCUGUCCAGGCGCACCACCUGCGCGGACGUGGUGAAGGUGCUGCUGGAGGACCAGAACAUGCAGCAAGGUGCGAGCGCGGUGAUGCUCACCGGCUCCCCACAGUCGUAUUGUAUCGUGGAAAAGUGGAGAGGGUUUGAACGGAUACUGCCAAAUAAAACUAAAAUCCUGCGCCUUUGGGGCGCCUGGGGGGACGAGCAGGAGAACGUGAGGUUCGUACUGGUGAAGAACGAGGCGUCCCUGCCCAACAACGGACCGCGGAGCGCCGAGGCGCGGGUUGUGCUCAGCAAAGAGAGUCCCUGCGUCUACAAGGGCACGGCCAGAGCAACCAUGGCGUUUCCCCAAGAAAAACAGCGCAGGAUUGUGAGAAAGGCUUUUAGAAAAUUGGACAAGAUGAAUAAGAAGAAAGUAGAGGCUUUGGCGAGAGACAGGCCCUCUGUGGAGAAAAUGGAGACCAUUGUGCAUCUUAUUAUUUCACAGGAUCACACUAUUCGCCAGCAGAUUCAACGGAUAAAGGAGUUGGAUGGUGAAAUCGAGAGGUAUGAAUCAAAUGUGCACUUUGACAGAAUGAAAAGACACGGUGUAAACUACGUUCAGGACACGUAUUUGCUCGACCAGGGUUCGGAUACGGAUUCCAGCGCGCAAACGGACUUGUCUGAGGCCAUCGCGCAGUUUGAGGAGUACGCGUCACGUUGCGACCAAGUUAUUCAACUUCAAGAAGAACUAGCGGAGCGGGAGGCUCUCAUGGAUAUACUUGCGUGCGAAAUUCAAGAGGAACUCAACCACAGGUGGAUGAGACGGCGACAAGAGGAGCUCUCCAACAAAGACACUGAGAGUAUUGCUGAAGAAAUGGCCCUCAAGGUGACUUCUGUCCCUGAGGAGCCAGUCUCAGUUGUGCCUGGCUCCCUGUCAGACGAUGAACUCCAAUUAGAGGAGGAGAGAAUCAUAACACAACUGGAUACAAGUCUGUACAUUGGGCUGCGCUUGAACGCUGAUCUGGAGACUGUGAGGAGCGACUUGGAAAUGAGUCAGGAGAUUCUGGACUCGAAGGAGCUGGAGUUGAGUGAUUUACUUGAAAAGGUUCACAGAUUAGACGAAUUAGAGUGCGGACGGUCGAAGGACAGCAAAGAUGAGCCUGUUGAAGCUGAAACUGAGCAGUUGCCCUCUUUGGAUAAGGACAGUGUUUGGGUAGAGCAGGCGAGGGGACUGUCGAAAACCUGCAGCGCCAAUGAUGAUGACUCGGACACGGGACUGAGUUCAAUGCACAGCCAAGACUCGGAUAAUCCACCUGUUUGCGAGUCACUGGUGUGAUUUGUGUGAGUCAUUUGAUACUGUGCGAACUCAGGGAACAUUUCAAUGUAAUAUUCUCUCUUUAUAAGAGAGAAAUGCAUGCAGAAUAUACCAGUGUAGUGUUAUGGUCGCCUCACUCUCUGAUUGCCUCCGAUACGGGUGAUUCUAAUAACACGUCAAGAAAAUGUCCUGGUCCUAGUACUCCAAAAUCAAAAGAAACACAUAAGAAAUUAUAUUUGCAUAUAGAAAAUAAAUCCUAUUUUUUAGGGCCAUUAUGAUUUUUUACAUUGUGACAUUUUCAAUGACAGUUAUGCACAUUUUACCGCCCAAUUGUCAUUACCACAAUGCGAAAAAAGAUGGCCAUGAGGAUAUUCUUAUUACCGCUAUUUGAAAAAAGAUGGUCAUUGUGAUAUUCUCAUUACCACAAUGCGAAAAAAACAUGAUAAUUGAUAUUCUCAUUACUGUAAUGCAAAAAAUAUGGUCAUGAUGAUAUUUUCAUUACUGCAAUGUGAAAAAAGAUGAUGAUUAUAUUCUCAUUACCAAAAUGUUUAAAAAUAUGAUAAUUUUAGUGUUCUCAUUACCGCAAUGCAAUAAAAGAUGGUAAUUAUGAUAUUCUCAUUACCACAAUGUGAAAAAAGAUGAUGAUUAUGAUAUUCUUAUUAACGCAAUGCUAAAAAAACAUAGUCAUUUUGGUAUUCACAUUACCGCAAUGAGAAAAAAGAUGGUAAUUAUGAUAUUCUUAUUACCGCAAUGCGAAAAAAGAUGGUCAUUGUGAUAUUCUCAUUGCCGCAAUGCUAAAAAACAUGAUAAUUGAUAUUCUCAUUACCGCAAUGCAAAAAAUAUGGCCAUGAUGAUAUUUUGAUUACCGCAAUAAGAAAAAAGAUGAUAACUAUGAUAUUCUCAUUCAUCCUGAUGAAGAGCAUGUAGCUCGAAACAUCACGUUUGCUUUUUCUGUGGUGAGUUCAUUAAAUUUAUUUGGGAGCAGCAGUGUGCCGACUUUGUUGUGAGUUUUUAUGAUAUUCUCAUUACCGCAAUGCAAAAACAAAAUGGUCAUUAUGGUAUCCUCAUUACCGCAAUAUGAAAAAAGAUGGUAAUUAUGAUAUUCUCAUUACCGAAAUGUGAAAAAAAAUGUAAUUAAUAAAUCAUAGUAGUACUUCUUUGGUACUACUUUUUUGCUGAUUAUAAUUUUUUUAAUCAUUAUACUGUACAACUGCGUCUUUCUAAAUGUAAUACAGUAAAAAAAUGACUGUGUUACUGUAAUGAAAAUCAUAAUUAAAAACAACGGGAAGAGUAAAAGUAAAACAUCUAAAUGCAUUAGAAUAAUGAGAAUGGGUGGCAAUUGUGCUUCGGGAUCCUGGAAAUAAUGUCACAAUGUGAAGAAUCUUACUGGUCCUAAAUGUAGGCUUCAUUUUCUUUAUGCAAAAUAUAAUUUUAAUAAUACUUUUUUUUUACUGAUUGGGGAUUAAUAUGACAAGGACAUUUUGUUUACAGGUUUUGUGAGAAUCACCCAUACAUAUGGAGAAUAGCUUGUAAGGUGCAACUUACCAAAUAGUAACUUAUUAACCAAUGCAUAGACCAAGAGAUGUCUGCUGUGUGUAGAUCAGUGUUAAAAUAUGGACGCUAUUUAGAUGUAUUUGUUUACUUAUAAGGCCUAAUGUUAAAAAUCUACAGAAUUAUAUUUUGUAGAAAUAUUUAGGCAAGAUAUAGCUGCAUAGUGCCAAUUUGAGGUUAUCCGUUCAAUAUCAUGAACCAUGUUCGCCAGCAGAGUAAUUAUUACUAAUAGCUUUUAAAAGAUGCAAUGGUUUAUCUGAGAUGUAGGCAUAACAAAAAAGAUCCUAAGCUCUGGGAACCAAAACUGUGGGACUCAAAAGUAGGCUCACCACCUGUGAAAAAGGUGUGCAAUGCACUGUUGUGUUUAGUCAUACCUCUGAGGAAGUGAUGUGUGAAUCCCUGCAUGAAAUAUUUGCUUACAGUAAAGAGAAAGCUGAAGCAAUUUAAAUGAGUCUGCUGCAAUUAACCUAUUUAUACUCUAGACAUACUGGAAUUUGCCAUUUAGUCAUUGCUGUUUAUUCUUUCUCUUUAUAUCCCUUAAUUUUCAUGUCAUAAGGCAUCAUACAAGAUCAGAUGUGUUCUGUGGUUGACUAAGUCUCUAAUCUCACACUUAUUAAUUCUCCAUUGCAACAAAUAGGACAAUAAUAGCAUAAUUAUAACAUGCAAUGCCUAAAUAACUGACUGCAAACUAGAUGACUUAUGAAUGCAGUUGUAGCUAAUUCAUUGUUCCGUAAAAAGGUAUUGGUGUGGUUUCAAACAUUAUUGAUUAAAUUAAUGUUAUGCACCAUUGACUUAUGUGAAUUGAAGGGAUAGUUCACCCAAAAAUGAAAAGGAGGUGUGAGGCAGAAUGCAAGCUUCAGUCACCAUUUACUUAUAUUGUUAAAAAAAAAAAAAAGGAAAAAAAGGCUGCAAUCAAAAUAAAUGGUCACUGAGACAAACAUUUUGCCUAACAUCUCCUUUUGUGUGCCACAGAUUAAAUAAAGUCAUACAAGUUUGGAACAACUGGAGGGUGAGUAAAUGACAGAAUGUAAUUAAAUCUGCUGAAAACAUGCUAUAAACUGUGUAUUUUGAUCCAGCAUCAUCUCAUCUGUAAGCAACAAACACAAAUUUUCUGAAGUUUUGGCAUGGCAUAAAAAUGAACACAGCGAGAUGUCACAGAGUUCAUAGAUUCAGUUGUAUAUCAAGAGGAUUUGAGUUAAUCCUUAAGUGGGAUGUUUUAAAACAGAGGAAUAAAAGGGAAAUAACCCCCAACUCUUACUACAUUAUUUUUUUCUUCUUCACUUUUUCAUUUGUUGCAGCACUGGUGACACAAAAUAAUUAUUGCAUUUGGAAAAGCCCAAGUAUAUUGGUGCCACUGGGAAUACUGUAUUUGCAGAUGAAAGAAGCAAUUGGGUUAAAGAGUGUUUUUGUGUUCUAUCUGUACAACCUUUAAUCAAACAGCAUUUACAUCAAAUUAAAGCCGAGGUGCAGUGCACUGAAAU